AUGAGAAAGCAUGUGCUGUAAUCAGGAUCGUUGCAUUGAUUGUACAUGUUUCAGGGGCGUUUCUAUUAUUAAUAUUUAACAUCCAAACCAACAUGUUAUCAUGGUAGGCAGUGUGCAGACAGAUAUCUCUGGCCACCACAAUAGAGUCGUAAAUAGUUGCUUUGAAACAUGUAUAUACCUGCCGUCAACGGAUCACCUGAGCUAGGUUAUGUCACGUGACACGAGCCAGCAACCAGGAAGUGAGACGCCUUCAGAGAGCAGACGCGCCCAUUGUAAUAUCGAGGACGGUGCGCAUAUAAAAAACGCCAAUUUUUGACAACUUGAUGUGACAAAGUUGCGUGGUGACAGGCAGCAAGGAAGUCAAGGUAUUGAAGAACGUGUGGUGUUCGAGAUGGCGACCGCUAAGAAGCUGACCGAAAACCACCUCACCUGCGUCAUCUGUACAGAGGUGUUCACAGACCCAGCCACACUUCACUGUCAUCAUACAUUCUGCAAGUCCUGUCUGCUAAAAUACACCAACACACAGCCGGAAGCACUACAAGCCAAGUCCAUCCGAUGUCCCUCCUGUAGACAACUGACGACGGUGACCAACCCUGACAGUCCAGUAGAGGAGUGGGUCAGUCAGCUGAAACCAAGCCACGUCAUACAGGGGCUGAUGGACGACUUUGGACCCGGCACAAGGACUGUGGAGGAACACUUGUGCAGUGUUUGUACAAAACAAGGAAAGACAACUCCUGCCACUUCUUGGUGCUCUGUCUGCGAUGUUGUGUUCUGUGAAGGAUGUCUCCAGAUGCACAACAUGAUGCCAGGGUUGUGUGACCAUGAAGUAGCUCACUUGUCUGAUCACAUCAAAACAAAAGUCAAGCGUCGCUUCAUGUGUAAAGUCCACAGAGACGAAAAGGUGAAGUUGUUCUGUAAGGACUGCAAGAAGGCAAUAUGCACGAUAUGCUGCAGCAUAAAACACAGGACAUGUAAGGAUGUUGACACAAUAGAGAGUAUGACUCCUCUUGUGAAGGAACAACUUACAAACAAAAUAGAGCAUCUCAGAAUCAACAUGGCGGCUACUAAUAAUAACAUAACCUGGAGAAAAUCUACAAUUCAAGAUGUGAAGAGUAAUUCACAAACCCUCAGAGAUAAAGUCAUAAAGACACGGGAAACAGUGAUGCGUACUAUUUUAAGAAAAGAGAAGCAACUCCUUGGUGACAUUGACAAGGCUACUGAUGAACAAUUACAUGAGUUACACGCAGGUAUAAAAUCCAAGGAGAUCGAGCUACAGAUGUACCAGCAGCAGUAUGAGUUCACAGCCAAUGCUGUGACGUCCAACUGUGAGAUGGACAUGUAUGCCGUCUAUGAGUCGGUGGGUGAGACGUCUACAGACAACAGAGACACGGACAACAGACCAGCAGCAGGAAGCGUUGUAUUCACACACGACCUGGACAAGCUGAGUAAAGCAGUUGAUGAGCUACAACUGGGGGAGGUUCAAGUCGUCCAUGGAGUGAGUGACCCUGGGCCUUCUCCUGUUCUACAUCACACCAUUGACUACAAGGAAGCUGGGGACGGGAGGGAUCCUUGCUUGUUUGACGUCACAGUGUUGACUGUUGAUGGCAUCAAAGUGGUGGUAGUUGCAGAUUACAAUAACAAGAGACUCCUAACAUACUACACAUCAAACUUCAAAUCCUUUGAUAAUCAGCUUCUGCUUUCUUGUUGUCCUUAUCAAAUAGCCAAGUUAAGUGAGAGUCAGAUAGCGGUCUGUGUUCCAGGCAGUAAGGAAAUAGUUACAGUGAAUGUUACCCCAGGUCCUGUAUUACUGUCAACUAUCAAAACAAGCGAGCAGUACUGGGCUCUAGCCUGUCUGAGUCCUUCACAGCUGGCGGCAGGUGGAUAUGGACAGUCUCACUCUGUGGACAUACUGGACAUGACAGGGAGGAUACUGAGGUCUAUCAACACGGGGCUGAUAGAUGAUCCAGCCUUCAUCCAUGUCACCAGAAACAACAACUUGAUAGUCAGUGAAAGAGAAGUAAAAUCCCUUGUGUGUGUGACCAGUGAAGGGGACGCUGUUUUCACCUACACUCCCACAGUAGACAGGGCUCUGUCAUUUCCUCAGGGUGUCACAACAACCAGCACGGGAGAUAUCCUGCUUGUAGACACAGACUCCCACAAGGUGAUUCAGCUGACAGAGUCGGGGCAGUUUGUCAGAGAUGUCCUCACAAAACUGGAUGGCCUGAUACACCCUAGUGGUGUCUGUCUUGAUGGUGACGGCCUGCUGUAUGUUACAUCUGACAGAUAUGUAAAAGUAUUCAAAUUCUACUGGCGCUCUAAGUUAUGUCACGUGACACGAGCCAGCAAGCAGGAAGUGGGACGCCUUCAGAGAGCAGGCGCCCCCAUCGUAAUAUCGAUGGCGACCGCUAAGAAGCUGACAGAGAACCACCUCUCCUGUGCCAUCUGUACAGAGGUGUUCACAGACCCUGCCACGCUUCACUGUCAUCAUACAUUCUGCAAGUCCUGUCUGCUGAAAUACACCUAUACACAGCCGGAAGCAGUACAAGCCAAGUCCAUCCGAUGUCCCUCCUGUAGACAACAGACGAAAGUGACCAACCCUGACAGUCCAGUUGAGGAGUGGGUCAGUCAGCUGAAACCAAGCCACGUCAUACAGGGCCUGAUGGACGACUUUGGACCCGACACAAGGGCUGUGGAGGAACACUUGUGCAGUGUUUGUACAAAACAAGGAAAGACAACUCCUGCCACAAUUUGGUGCUCUGUCUGCGAUGUUGUGUUCUGUGAAGGAUGUCUUCAGCUGCACAACAUGAUGCCAGGGUUGUGUGACCAUGAAGUCGCUCACUUGUCUGAUCACACCAAAACAAAGGUCAAGCGUCGCUUCAUGUGUAAAGUCCACAGAGACGAAAAGGUGAAAUUGUUCUGUAAGGACUGCAAGCAGGCAAUAUGCACGAUAUGCUGCAGUAUAAAACACAGGACAUGUAAGGAUGUUGAUACAAUAGAGAGCACCAUCCCUCUUGUGAAGGAACAACUGACAUGCAAAAUAGAGAAACUCGGAAUCAACAUUGCAGCUACGAAUAAUAUCAUAACCCAGAGAAAAUCUACAAUUCAGGAUGUGAAGAAUAAUUCACAAACCCUCAAAGAUCAAGUCAUAAAGACACGGGAGACAGUGAUGCGUGCUAUUUUAAGAAAAGAGAAGCAACUCCUUGGAGACAUCGACAAAGCUACUGAUGAACAAUUACAUGAGUUACAAGCAGAUAUAAAAUCCCAGAAGAUCGAGCUACAGAUGUACCAGCAGCAGUAUGAGUUCACAUCCAAUGCUGUGACGUCCAACUGUGAGGUGGACAUGUACGCCAUUUAUGAGUCGAUGGGUGCAACGUCUACAGACAACAGAGACACGGGCUACAGACCAGCAGCAGGAAGGGUUGUAUUCACACACGACCUGGACAAGCUGAGUAAAGCAGUUGAUGAGCUACAGCUGGGGGAGGUUGAAGUCAUCCAUGAUGUGAGUGACCCCGAGUCUUCUCCUGUUCUAUAUCACACCAUUGAUUGCAAGGAAGAUGGGGACGGGGAGGAUCCUUGGUUGGUUGACGUCACAGUGUUGACUGUUGGUGACAUCAAAGUGACGGUAGUGGCAGAUUAUUAUAACACCAGUCUCGAAACAUAUUACACAUCAAACCUCCAAUCCUUUCAUAAUCAGCUACUGCUUUCUGAUAGUCCUUUUCAAAUAGCCAAGUUAUGUGAGAGUCAGAUAUUUGUCAGUGUUCCAGACAGUAAGGAAAUAGUCACAGUGAAUGUAACCCCAAGUCCUGUAUUACUGUCAACUAUCAAAACAAGCAAGGAUUACUACGCUCUGGCCUUUCUGAGUCCUUCACAGCUGGCGGCAGGUACAUAUAGACAGUCUCACUCUGUUGACAUACUGGACAUGACAGGGAGGAUACUGAGGUCUAUCAACACGGGGGUGAUAGGGAGUCCAGACUACAUCCAUGUCACCAGAAACAACAACUUGAUAGUCAGUGAAAGAGAAGUAAAAUCCCUUGUGUGUGUGACCAGUGAAGGGGACGCUGUUUUCACACACACUCCCACGGGAGACAGAGCUCUGACACACCCUCGGGGUAUCACAACAACCAGCACAGGAGAUAUCCUGCUUGUAGACUAUGACUCCGACAAGGUGAUUCAGCUGACAGAGUCGGGGCAGUUUGUCAGAGAUGUCCUCACACAACAGGAUGGCCUGAUAGACCCUUGUGGUGUCUCUCUUGAUGGUGACGGCCUGCUGUAUGUUACAUCUGACAGAUAUGUAAAAGUAUUCAAAUUUUACCGGCGCUGAAUUUUAAAAUAGAGAUAAUUUUCAUCUCCAUACACAGUUGAAGAUAUUCAAAAUUGACAACAGCUUAAAGUCCAGAUCGGCUCUUGUUCAUUCCCUGCAAACGUAAUUCCCCAUGUCAGUGAUUAAACAUAGGGCGAUCUUUCACGUAUGGACCUGAUUUGUGAUGUACGUUUGUAUGAAACGCACAGUGACAGGGUUCGUCCCGAUUAUGUUUCUAGGUUUGUCAGCACCAUACCCGUGCUUCUGGGUUUCACCAAUAAGGGUUAAAAGUCUGAGACCUGCAUCACUUCGGGCUUUCCUUCCAUAUUAAGCUGCCACGCCGUGAUAUAACUGGAAUACUGUUUGAAGCGGCACUGUUUGACCUCGCGUGUUGUGACGUGGAUGACGUCACGAGAAACAGCUGAUCUUAUGUUGUAGCAGUAUAACGGAUACACGUGGUUUCAGUUCCGAAAUAACAAUAUUCUCUUUGACUGAACUAGCAGGUAUAUCUUGUGCAUCACGAUUGGAACUUUUCUAUGGCGACCGACGAGUGAAUGAGACCGCUUAUCACUUGACUUACACUGUUAGAAUAUUUGGCGCGGUUUUCUAAUUUUGGUGUGUUGACUUACGUGCUUUUCUGAUCUGUUUGAAGGCUUGAUAUUCAAAUUAAAUAAUGUGCAUAUAGUUGAGUAAGGGAAUGGAAUUUUCACAGUGAGAAAGCCGUCAAAAUGGAUCCAAUAUUAAAGAACCUAGCUUUUUAAUAUUGUAGCUUCAUCUAUUAGAAUAUUGAAUGGUUCAGUUUAUGACACCAACAGUAGUGGUAAUAGAUCUACACGCAAUAUAUAGAUAAUCGAUUUCUGAAGGACAAAAUGCUUUCAGUCGUAAUGUGAUUUCGUUUUGAUGUUUUAAAUAGUUUUAUUUAUGUUUUUUUCACUCUGCAUUAUCAAAAUUAUCAAAUACUUCGAUCAGUGACAUAGCAGUCAAUACUUUGUUUUGUAUCCUUAGUAAGAAUUGUUUUUUUAAAUAUUUGUCUAAGAGCAAAAUGAAUGCAUUCUUGUUCUUUCUUACAAUUUUAAGUUGUAUAUCGUCACUCCAAGCUUUAGUUUAGGUAGGCCAAAAGAAAAAAGAGGAAACCAUAAUAACUGAAAACCGAUUAUAUGAAAGAUUUUGCUGGUUAUAUUUUGAAAGUUCAAUACCAAGAAUAUAUUUUUCCUUUCAUGGCAAAUAAUUCCAUUUCUUUCAUUGACCUACGACCAAUAUCUAUUUCAAACUUUUCCUUCAGUAGAAUGGGAUGAAAUGGGAAUUAAUCUAUCACGCAUGCCCUUGAAUGUGUAAAUACACUUCUAAGGUCUAAACAAUAUGAAAGAAAAAAUUGUAUUUCAUGGACUGGCCAUACAAGUUUAUUUUGAGCAAAGGUCUAAGUAAGGCAGCCAAGUGCGAAGUACAAGCUGAGACGAGGGUGUAUGUUUUCUUGUGGUCAUAGUGAAACAAAUUUGUUCAGAGUUUUGAGCAAAUCAACUGUAUGAACAUUGAACACUACUUUAAUCGAAGUAAUUCAUAUAUUCGUAAUUUUCUCUUUCACUUAAUCUAGACAUUAUUUAUAAUUAUACCGUAAAACAAUAAUAUUGCCAUCUUUCACUUGAGCAAGUUAUCGUUUCCUUGUAUUAAAUAUAGACUCUUAGUGAAUGUGUAUUUCGCCAUGAAUGUCAUGUGUCUAUCAGCGUUAUCAUGUACUUUCCAAAAAGGGUGACUAUUGGUCUGGAAAUCACUAUUGCGAUAACUAUUGAUAUUGCAAGCAACAAUUGCGAUAAGUAUCGAGAAUUUUUCGUGUAUUAUUUUAGAUGGACUUUAGAGUUGAAUUAAACCUUGGAACUUAAGUUUCCUUUGAAUGUUAUAACCAUAACAACAAAUAAAAAGUUAAGUUUGA